AGACAGCGGUUGAAAACCAAAUGCAGUCAAACAUCAACAUUCGUUCGGCGAGUGAAUUUUAUUUGACUGCAAAUAAUUUAUUUUAAAGCAAAUAAAAUAUUGUUAACUAAUUACUAAUUACCAUUGUAAUUCUGGGGGACGACAAAGAUUCAAAAAUUUGACCAAGGAAAAGAUAAGUUUUGUUAUUUUUCUGCUUGUUUUGUACCCAUACAAAUGGAGGGUCAAGGGAUGUAUGAUAACCGUGCCUCAUCUGGAUUUAUGCCACAUCAGCAGAAUCAGCAACAAGUUCCAAUGGACACGAGUAACUCAGCCGGACAGAAUGGACUUCCUGUUCCUAUCAGCGCAAUUAAAACUGAGGAUGGGGGGACAGUGGGUGGAAGUGGUGCCAGUGGUGAGAGGUCAGAGAAACAAGCGGUCAUGGUUGUUCUUGGUUUCUUGAAGAAGCACAACUUCAAGCAAACUGAAGAAUGGUUGAAGAAAGAAGCACAGAUUACUGAAUCAGAAUCCAAAAUGCUACCGUCUGACACAGAUGUUCAAAGCGUUCUUUCGUCAUAUGCCAGCGACGAGAAUCCAGACGAAUAUAGUUCAUCGUACUUUCAAUUAAAAUCAUUCAUUGAUUCAUCGUUGGAUACAUACAAGUACGAAGUCGGACAAAUUCUUUGGCCCGUGUUUGUCCAUUUAUAUCUGGAACUCGUCUACAACUCUCACGAAGUGAAAGCGUCAACGUUCUUUUCUCGUUUUUCUAAGAUGCAAGAAACGUUUUACGAGGCGGACCUUGUAUCACUUGGGACAAUCAUGAAGAAAGAACACUUGAUAAAUUCUGAAAAUCCGUUCAGAAUCCUUAGCUCUAGUUUGACAGGAGUAUCUAAACCAGGAAAUUCUGGAGUCUAUGUUGUUCGAAUGUCACGGGAAGCAUUAAGUCUUCUAAAACGGUUUCUUCAAGAGAAACGUUUGAAGCUUAUCCAAAAUAUUGUCCAAGAUCGCAUUUUUGUAGAAGUUUAUGACGGAAUCCCCCGAGGAAAAGCUGCAGCUCAUGUCACGGCUGGGCACAUCAUGGGAGAAGCAUUGCGACACGAUAAUAAGACCAAAGUUUAUUACGGACUUUUGAAAGAACCUGACCUCCAGAAUUUCCAAAUGGACGAAGACGACGAUGAUGCAGGGACUGGUGGUGGCGGCGGAGAUAAGGAUUCACAAAGCAAAACUGCAGACUCCCAAAAGUCCGACGCUACAACGGGCACACCGGCAGGUACACAGAGUGAAAAGUCGAGUAAGAAGAAAAAGUCCAAGAAGGAGUGGAUGACGAACAAGAAAGCAAAAAAUGAUCCGAACGCUCCUCCAAUAACGAGGAUGCCAUUACCAGAAUUAAGGGACAUUGACAAGAUUGAGAAGGCAAAAGCGCUGCGAGAAUCUGCGAAACGAGUCACACUCAGCCCAGAGAGACUUCCAUCAGUUUGUUUUUACACCGUUUUGAAUGGAGAUCAACAAGUAACAUUUAUCAAAUGGAGCGAAGACGGAACUCUGAUGGGAGUUGGGUUUGCUUCCUCCAUUAUCCGAAUUUGGUCUCUGACACCGGCCAAACUUAAGAAGUUGAAGCAAGCCACAGACUUGCAAGAUAUCGACAGAGAGGCGGAUGACGUCCUGGUCCGAAUGAUGGAUGACAGAUCAUCCGAGUCUGAUCGCUACUUGAGAGGACAUUCCGGAGCUGUUUAUUCUCUCGACUUUUCCCCUGAUAAACUUAUGCUUCUCAGUUCUUCGGAGGAUACAAGUAUUCGUCUCUGGAGUUUAUUGACAUGGACAUGUCUUGUAGUAUAUAAGGGGCACCUGUUUCCAGUUUGGAAAGCAGUAUUUUCACCGCAUGGGGGUUACUAUUUCGCGUCGGCAGGACAUGACCGGACGGCAAGACUUUGGGCUACAGACACACCUCAACCACUCCGAGUGUUUGCUGGCCAUUAUUCAGACGUGACUACAAUAGUAUUUCAUCCAAAUUCCAAUUAUGUUGCGACGGGAUCAUCAGACCGAAGUGUCCGCCUCUGGGAUUGUGUUUCUGGAAACUGUGUUCGACUCAUGACAGGUCACAAAGGUUCCAUCCAAACUCUUUGUUUCUCCACGGACGGCAGAUUUUUAGUCUCAAGUGCAACCGAUUCGAAAGUAAUGAUUUGGGACAUGGCCAACGGUGGAUUACUUACUAUGCUGCACUCCCACAAAGCAAACGUAUACUCGAUAGCAUUCAGUAAAGAGGGAAGCAUUUUAGCCACGGCUGGCCUAGAUAAUUGUGUUCGACUUUGGGACUUCAUGAAAAUGAUUGAAGACGUAAUUUCGGAAGAGGGUGGGGCCACUAUUCCACCAGAUGUGAAGAAAAUUUCGGGUGACAAUUUACUUGUGGGAGAAUUUUAUACCAAGUCCACGUCCGUGUUCUCACUGCAUUUUACCAGGAGGAAUAUUUUACUAGCUUCUGGACCAUUCCAACAUUAAUUAACUCUUUUAAAUAAAUGAAAUAGUUUUUCUAAGGAUUACUUUACAAUCUGAAAAUUAUAACAUAUAAUGUAAAUUAAUUUAUUACUACCAUGAAUAAGUUUUCAUCUAACAAUGUA